GGUCCAGUGUUAACAAGAAAGCAAGUUGCGUACUCAGAAAUUAACCAAAAUAUUCCAGCGAUUACAUCACACAGGUAUUGAAUAACAUCUGUAUGAUCUUUGAUUUAUAAUUAUACCCUUGGCGCACUCUAGAGACUGAAGGCAUAGCAGCGUGUCUAGGCUCUCGAGGGAGUUGUUGAUUCGCAGAGUGGCGUUAAACUGGUGACCCCUUCAGUGCUUAUAUGCUAAUGUAAAUGCGUUGAGUCGAGCUCUUGUUUUCACCGUGCCCUGGCGAGUUUACUAGCGCGCUGAAGCUCGCCGCUCUUUUGGGUUAGACUGUUAGUGGUUCUAGUGGAGCGCAAUGGGUUCGUGUAUGACAAAAGCGUGUCAGUGUCACCUUUGCCGGUGUUGCGAGUGCGGUAGGGGCUGUCGGUGUUGUUUGUGUUGCCGUAUGUUGUUCGGUGAUUGGUGGAUGUGUAGCGACUGCUGCGAAGAAGACGACGACGAAGAGAUGAUACCUCAAGUCAAGAAAACGCAGAAGAGGCCGGAUGACGGAGAAGGCAUGUAUCAGUACGAUAAUGGAGACUUCUAUGUGGGUGAGUGGCGACGAGGGAAGAGACAUGGCUACGGCAACUUGGAAAAAGCUGACGGUACUCGGUUUGUGGGAUUUUUCUACGAUGACGAGUUUGUAGGCGACAAGCCAGAUGAGCGUCUCAAUAAUAGCCCAGUCACGCGCAGACCAUUUGCGAAACCACAAGUGUCACGCGACGAUGAUGAGGGCAUCUUACGAAAGACAGACGAGGAUGCGAUCGCCAAAGCAAAGGAAGAAGAAGAGCGAGAUCCUCACGACAGACUGCUAAACGGCAAUAACGCUAACUCUUAUGAUGCCGUCUCCAAAGACUGAAUGUUAUUAUCGCCAGCUUAGUAGUUUUCUAUGGGCUCUUCGUAUUCUCAACCUUUUGGCGGUUAUAAUUCCUGUUCCUUUCUUCUUGUAUACACCCUGUUGUAUCCUGAAACGUAGAGCAGGCGAUUGGCAAGGCGCGUGUUGGUAUUAGCUAACUUAGGGGCUCUUUCAAGGUUUUCAGAGAAUGAAGGGCUCAAAGAAGUUUUAAUAUGAUACAAUGCGAUUGGUUGAUUAGAGGGAAUUUUUUUGUGUGAAAAAUGUCUGGUUUCCCAAUGGGAAGGGGAUAUAAAUAUAAAAAUAAAAAAUAAGAAAACACAGACAAAAGAAAACUAAAGACAAUUUGCACGGAUGAUUGUGUUAGAAUUCAUUUGUAAUAAAAUUCAAAUGUAAUGCAAAAA